CCCAAGAUGCAGAUGCCUCGGGACUCAUUCCCCACUGACUGGAGCCCACCACCUGUAGAGUUCCUAAACAAGAGCAAGAAAGUACCUCCUGCUAGAAGGAGGCCCCUGGAGGACUUGGAGAUGGACCUUCCAGAUUCAGACCAGAAGGUGGAGCUGGCCUCACUGGAGGAGCUCUUCUGGAACAUGUCAGGUCCAAGCCAACAACAGGCUGGGACCCCGGAGGUUUCGUCUGGGGGCUCGGAGUGCUAUGUCAAUAAUUUAGAUUACUUACUGCAAGAAAAGAGGGAGCAGGCCCUGGAGCAGGAAUGGGAGCAGCUGCUGCAGCAGGAACAUCCCAGGCUGGAGUCCUCUACGCGUGAUGACGACGACAGAGAAGCAGUGCUCACACCUGAGCACAGGAUGCUGGUGGAGAAGUUCUCCGUGUCCCUGCAGGUCAUUCCACCAGUGCACCCAGGUGAAACUGUAUUCUUGCCUAGGCGUCACCCUUUGCCUUGCUUCCUGGACUCCUCUAGUCUAAGGCCACACAGCCAAUUGGAAGAGCUCUUCCUCAGGUCCUCACUGCCCGAGCAGCUCUCCUUUCUGCACAAUGGCUUCCUGAGCAACCUCUACCUGCAUGCUGCUGAUUGCCCUCGGCCUCUGCUGCGGUGGCUGUUCCAGUUGUUAACAUGGCCUCCAGAAACAUCUUCGAGAGCAUUUGGUCUCCUCUGGGAUCUCAGUAUAGAUGGGCUGUUCCGUCAGCCUGAUGAAGACAUGCGUUUGUGGUAUCCCUCACUGCAAGAGGUCAAGGAGGUGUUCCGCUGCCUGGGAGCCUACAACCCUGCCCUGUACCCGCAUGGGCCCUUCCAGCACAGCUCAAGGGCACUUGAGAGUGAGGCCAGCCUGGGCUGCUGGGAACCACAGGAUCCUCCCCAGGAAGUGGCCUUGGACAUUAAGCUGAGCUACAUCUACAGGUUCCUGAUCCUGUGUUUCCUAGUCCAGCCAACAUCCUACACUGAUGCCAGCAUCUUAGGCCUGAUGGAGCUGUUGUGUCGCGCAGGCCUGGACGUGGGGUUGCGCCUGCUGCCCAAGACCGACCUCCAGCAACUCCUGCUCCUGCUGCUGGAGAACAUCCAAGAGUGGCCUGGAAAGCUCCAGCCCCUGUGCUGCGCCCUGAGCUGGGUGUCCGACCACCACCACAACCUGCUGACCCUCGUACAGUUCUUCCUGGACGCGACACCCCGGGGCAGGCAGCUGAGAAGUCAGCUGAGUCUCAUGGUUAUUGCCCGGAUGCUGGGUCAGCAGGAGUCACUUCCUCUCUGGGGAGAGAAGACCCAGCUAGCCUUGCUCAGCCAGCUCCUCAGCCUCAUGAGACCAUCAUCCCUCAGGCAGUGUCUGGGCUCUGAAACCUUGCCAUCCAGUCCAGGGCAACAGUCAAAGGCCAGUGCCGAGCUAGACCACAAGGUCUGCUAUCUGUGCCACAGCCUCCUGACACUGGCUGGGGUCGUGGUCAGUAGCCAGGACAUUACUCCCGAUCAGUGGGGUGAGCUGCAGCUGUUGUGCAUGCAGUUGGACCGCCACAUCAGCACCCAUAUCCGGGAGAGCCCCCAGGCCAUGCACCGGACCAAACUCAAGGACCUGGCUACCCAGACUUACAUCCGCUGGCAGGACUUGCUGGCCCACUGUCAGCCCCAGGGCCAGUACUUCAGCCCUUGGAAAGACAUUUAAAGAGACAAGAGACAAGUGGCCCAAGGCUCUGGAAGAGAACUGUAGGAGAAGAGUGGAGCCAGAGUCAGCCUGGCAUGCAGGGAAGCUAGACGACUGCCACUACCCAGCACAGGGUCCUUGUGUCCCUGACCAUCCUGCCCAUGAGCUCCCUCCCUUGAGGGCCCGGUUGUCUUUUCUCUCCCGAGCCCUCUCUGUUGGCUACUGUCUUUCCCACACCCUGCUUUCUCUGCCCAUCUUGAAUAUGAUGUUCAUUUGUACAAAUUAAAGUGUUGUUUCCAGCA